GUUCAGUUGUGCAUUGAGUUUCUGCAGAAUGCAUGAGGAGCAGCAGGCUGAAGUGUGUGAGGUGUGUGAUGUGGUGGUGGUCGGAGGAGGAUUGUCGGGUCUCUGCGCUGCACGUCGGCUGAAGGAGAGAAACGAGAAGCUCCGAGUGCUGGUGCUUGAGGCCAAAGGUCGUGUAGGGGGUCGAACUCUCACUCUGAGUUUACCGGCUUCCAAUGGCCUGGACUCCUGGGAUUUGGGAGGGCAGUGGGUGGGCAGAUCGCAGACUCACGUUAUGGACCUGAUCCAGGAGCUGGGACUGGAGGUUUACCCACAGUUCACCAAGGGGAAGAAAGUUCACCACCUGGGCGGCGCUGAUACUAAGAUCAGCACUUACACCUCCAGCAUUCCCUCCUUCUCUCCCCUGGUGCUGCUCGACUUCAUGCAGUUCCUAUGGCGGCUGGAGCGUCUGUGUAAGAGUGUGUGUCUGGAGGAUCCCAUGAAGACUCCGGAUGCUCUGCAGCUGGACAGCAUGACCCUGCAGUCCUACAUGGACAAGCACAUCUGGAGCGCACAGAUAAUGAAGGAGCUAAAGCUGUGCUCCCGCUCUGUGUUUGGAAUGGAGCCUUCCCAACUGUCCUUCCUGUACUUCCUGAUGUACAGCGCAGCAGCGGGCGGAGUCAUGAGACUGCUGGAGAGCACACCAGGGUCAGCGCAGGAGUUUAAGGUCAAGGGAGGCACUCAGCAGCUGUCGGAGCGAGUGGCGGAGCAGCUUGGGAAGGAGAACGUGCGUUUGGGAUCAGCCGUGACGGCCAUAUGGCAGAGUGAAGACAAUGUUGAGGUGAAGACCGACACGAGCACAAUCACAUGCAAAGCUGUCAUUGUUACCUGCCCCCCUCACAUGGCAGCUCAGAUUGAGUACCAGCCUGCUUUGCCUCUGGAGCGACGCCGUCUGGCACAGUGCAUGCCCGUGGGUCACAUGACCAAGUUUAUCAUCACUUAUCCUACAGCGUUUUGGAAGCAGAAAGGCUUUUCUGGAGAGAUCGUGGCACAUCCGUCUCUACAUUGCCCUUUCUCGGUCACCUUUGACGCCACCAGUCCCAGUGGGAGCCCGGCGCUUGUGGGAUUCAUCGCCGGAGUUCAGAACUGUUACUGGAACAGCCGAGAGACGGAGGACAGACGCGAUGCCGUCAUUAGCAGCCUGGUGAAGUAUCUGGGCCCUGAAGCGGCCUCCUACAUUCACUACCAGGAGAAAGACUGGGCUAAAGAGGAGUAUAAUGGAGGAUGUCCCGUUAACGUCAUGGUUCCUGGAAUGCUCACGUUCUACCAUCCCGGCCUCCGCAAACCAUGUGGCAGGAUCCACUGGGGGGGAACAGAGACAGCUACGCGAUGGUGCGGUUAUCUCAGUGGUGCGGUUCAGUCCGGUCAGCGGGCAGCUCUUGAGGUCCUAGCAGAUGUUUCUCCAGCUGUUCUGUCUCAGCAGGAACUUCAGGAAGUGAGAGGCAACCUUACAACGGCACCGUCUGACUUAUCGAAGGUUUGGGAGAAGACCGCCGGCUCCUGCUCAUCAUCCAGCCUCCUUGUUGGUCUGACCAUCAUGGCUUUUACUGUGGGCGGAGCUAUGCUCUUGAUCAAGCCGGGAUUGGGCAAACAUUUACUUGGUCGGGUUUGGCCUGUAAUUCAGAAAUGAUUAAGAUUUGGGGUUUGGCAUCAGGAAUCCUUUUAUCAUAAAGUGCACAACAUAUUUUAAAUCUUAGGAAAAUAUACUUAUGGACAAAAGAAGAAUUACACACACACACACAUAUAUAUAUUACUUAAUAUAAAUAAACAAAAAAGCUGAUUUUAUACUAAAGUCUGUAUUCAUCAGCACCAGAAAUUCCAAAUUCAGAUGAUGCUGACAACGAUGUGUGACACAGUGCCACAGUUGUUAGCACUGUCGCCUUGCACCUUCAGGGUCUGGGGUCCUGGAGUUUACAUGUUCUCCCCGUGCUUGGUGGGUUUCCUCCGGGUCUUUGGUUUUCUCCCACAGUCCAAAGACAUGCAGGUUAGGUUAAUUGUGCAUGUAAAUGUUGUAAAAAUAGAAAUGAAUAAAAUGGUCAUCAUCAGUGUUGGGUCUAUUACAAAGUAACCCGUUAAAGUACUUGGAUUACUUUUUUUGAUGUAACGAGUAAUCUAACGCGUUAGGUCCGCCAUUUAAGUACUCAGUUAUUUAGUUACUUUUUCAAAAAUGUAAUCCGUCAUUCAGACAAUUCAUGCAAUCCAUGAGCCAGACAGCAGUCAUUCCCAAUCCGUUAUUGUGUGUGUGUGUUAAAGUCGACCUAUAAGCCCUGCCCCUGUAAACCCGCCCCCCUCUGUUAUUCCUGCUGUAAUACCCCUAUCUCACCUAUGUGGUUUGACUAUGCGAGAACCGACGUGCUGAAAGAUAGAAACCUAAUCACAGCGCCUAAACUCGCUGUGAAUGAUAAUGAAUCGUACUUACGGCCACCGCGCAAAACCAUGUAGGUGAGAUAGGGGUAUUAGUAGAUAACAGAUUAUGGGCCAAACUUCACUGAGUGAUGAUGGUAGAAUAAUUAUAAAUGUCUUCACUAAAACAACAUGCAUGAGGAGUCACAAAGGAGUUUUCAUUUUCUGCAACGGAAAAGUACUCAAGUUAGUUACUUUUAUCAGAAAGUACCGCUGUAAUGUAACUGAUUACAUUUUAAAGACAGUAAUUUUGUAAUGUAAUUAGUUACUUUAAAAAGUAACGUCCCCAACACUGCUCAUCAUUGGCCUGCAUGGUCCCUAUUUGGACUACAAAGGUUCCUAGAUAAAUGGAUGAUGAUAAAGUUAACAUCACCCUAUGGUAUCAUCUGCCUCUUUACAUGUCCAGCUGCAGAUGACUUAUUGUGUGUAACACUGUUGAUGUCACUAUUGAAUAAGUCUGUCUUGUCUUGGUGUUACUGUAUGACUCUUGGCCUUCCAGACAGACGGCGAUCGCGAGUAACCAGUUGCCCUAAAAUGGUCUUUCUGGAAACUCCAAACCAUCUGGUGAGGUCUGAUUGAUUUUUACUUAGUUCAAUCUUUCUGAUGGCCCUCUCUCAGCCAGCACUGCCUACACAGACCAUGAUAGUGUGAAAACUAAAUGCACAACCAGAAUGUUUUCCUUACUUUUCAUACCAAGACAUGUCCGCUGGACGUGAUCAAAGCUUUGGACGUGAUCAAAUGGUAAAUUUCAUGCAUGUGCACGGAAACAUUAACCCAUAAGAGCCCAGACCUAUUUCUCUUUUAAGGGAAAUUAUGAAGGAUAUAACAAAGUCCAAACUGACCACAUAGAACACAUUUUGAAAGACGUCACAUGACAUUGUCAAAUUCUCUAUUACAAUUUUAGGGUUAAACGCCCCUAUGUGACAUUUUCUUAAUUUGUUUUAUACUCAAUUUGUUCAAGAAAUGCAAUGAGAUCAGACGUUAUUACAUCAUUAUAUUAGUUAAACAGGAUGAAACUUACUUUUAGUAACAAAAAAAAUUGCUUUUUUUUAUUUAAAUUAGCCAGUUCUGUCGCACGUGCUACUCAGACACACCAUCAGAUUGUAUUGUAAACAGUUUGCACUCUCUACAUUUUCCUUUCCUGUGUUCUUAAGAGGGUAGACCAAAUUAGGUCUUAGAUUUCGGGGUUUCAUAACAGUACAGAUUUUUGUAUAAUUUUAUUUUUACAAUGCUGUGUCUUUUUUUUUUCUCUCUCCAUGAGUAUAUAUUGUAACACCUUUUAUCAAAGUGCUGGAUUUAAGGACAAACAUUUCAUCUGAAGAAAUUCAUCUUAAAUGAUUUACAUGUACCUAAAGAUCAAUAAA